GAGCUGCGUGCUGGGGCUCGAACUGCUGACGGUCGACGCCGGAUGAAGAAGCGCCGCUGGUCUCCGCCCCAGCGCUCUCACAGACACAGAAAGGCGAGACGGCAGAGGGCUUCAGAAAGCGGCGCGGUGUCCUGCUCACUUUCCGCACUGAACCAGCCCAGUCCAAGGUCGACAGAUCCCCCCCCCCUUUGCCCACUCUAUAACCGCACUCUUGCCCGACUGAGCGUGCAGUUCUCCCGUCCGCCAGGGGCUUAAUUCUCCCUGCGCCGCCGAGAAGCAGCCAGCGAUGUCCGAGAGGAGCCCGCACACCAGACCCCGCUGCCUGGCCGCCGCUGCUCCAGCCAGAGGAGCCAAGCUCACCCACCCUGGCAAAGCUAUCCUGGCAGGUGGGAUUGCAGGAGGCAUCGAGAUCUGCAUCACCUUCCCCACGGAGUACGUGAAGACGCAGCUGCAGCUGGACGAGAGGGCAAACCCGCCCCGCUACAAGGGCAUCGGUGACUGUGUGAAGCAGACGGUACAAGGACAUGGGGUGAAGGGCCUGUACCGGGGUCUCAGCUCUCUGCUCUACGGCUCGAUCCCCAAGGCAGCGGUCAGGUUCGGGACGUUCGAGUUCCUGAGUAACCAGCUGCGGGACGACCAGGGGAAGCUGAGCAACCGGCAGAGCCUGGUGUGCGGUCUGGGCGCGGGGGUGUCCGAGGCCGUGUUGAUCGUGUGUCCGAUGGAGACAGUCAAGGUGAAGUUUAUCCAUGACCAGUGCUCUGCAAAGCCAAAGUACCGAGGGUUCUUUCAUGGGGUCCGAGAGAUAGUCCGUGAGCAAGGACUGAAGGGGACGUAUCAGGGGCUAACAGCGACGGUUCUGAAGCAGGGAUCCAACCAGGCCAUCCGUUUCUUCGUCAUGACUUCACUGAAGAAUUGGUACAAAGGGGACAAUCCAGCCAAAGAGUUAAACCCUCUCAUCACAGGCCUGUUCGGAGCUACAGCUGGGGCUGCCAGCGUCUUUGGUAACACACCCCUGGACGUGAUAAAGACCAGGAUGCAGGGAAUGGAGUCACAUAAAUACAAGAGUACCUGGAACUGUGCCUUCAAGAUCAUGAAACACGAAGGGCCCCUGGCGUUUUACAAAGGAACAGUCCCACGCCUGGGUCGAGUCUGCUUGGACGUUGCCAUCGUUUUUAUCAUCUACGAGGAGGUGGUGAAGGUACUGAAUAAGAUAUGGAAGACGGACUGAGGCUGCUGGGGGAGGAGAGAAGGCCUGUCGCCAUGGCUACCAGAGGUGUGGGUGGGGGGGGUGAAGGGACAAGUCUCACCAAAACGUGGAACCGUGUAAGAGAGAAAUAGCCAAUGAAGUCAAUAUAUUCCCUUAGUGUUGUCCAGUGAUAAAAUACUUAGUCUGAGGAAAUCAUGUUCAGUGAUUGAGAAAGUUAAUUUAUUAAUAUCAUUGGGUGUUCCGUGGACUGGGUGAAGCAUUCCAUAUCAAUAGAUGGUACACCCUUUUUAAUGUACUGUGCCAAAGUGACUGCACUUCCUGGUGUUCUUUAUAUUUUUUGAGGCGUGGGACAGGGAGAGGUCGCAUCUUGUUGCUUCCUAUGUCACCACCAGUGCCUAGAGAUCGGGGUAAAGGAAUGGACUCUCUGGGGUUACAUGAAGUGUGGGGUUUGGGGGAAAUGGAUCAUGGCAAAGAAUGCUGCAGGGAAAUGGUUCUUUGGAGGGGUUGGCGACCUUCUUGACCCCUUGUGACCCUGAUCCAGGAUCGUGGCUUCCUGCCUUUGAAUGAACGGCCAUUGCCUCAUGGAUAUCCUCUCACUGGGCUCGGAUCCCAGCUGGUUUGAGCUUUCCCAUCAAUCCCAGGAGGUGCUUGAGAAGACUAGAAAAUAUGAAAGCUGAGAAGAGACUUCUAGCUGGAGUCUGUAGAGAGGGAGACUUGUCAUCAGGGCCAGGAACAGUUGGACAAAAGAGAGUGCACAAAAUUAUGGACGAACUCAGCAUCUAUGGAGGGGAAUAAAUAGUCAAUUUUUAGGGCUGAGACCAGGACCGGAAAAGAAGGGCUUCUUUCUGAUAUUCUGACAUCUUCCCCUUCCUCUCUAGUCCUGGUCUCAGCCUGAAACAUCGACUGUUUAUCCCCCUCCAUCGAUGCUGCCUGACUUGAGUUCCUCCUGCAUUUUGUGCGUGUGACUCAUGAGGAGUUAGAAGUGUGCCCGUAACCUGGUCCAAAGGAAAGGCUUCCCCUGUGAAUCUAAAUUUACCUUUCCAGUUCAAGGUGACUGAGGAAGGGGUAGGCUCAUUGUAAUUUCCCUGGAGAUCAUUCUCGAAAACCCGCCUUCGUAUUCUGUAAACGCAGAAGAAAGGGAAAUAUUCCAAAUUGCUGUGUUAGAACCGCCGUUCUGUAGGGGUGGGUGAGAUUCUGUGGAAGCCAAAUGAAUUUGCACCUUUAGAGGGUGUCUGUUAUCUUCUGGCGGGCUGAAGCUGUGGCUGUGUUCUGUCGUGUAGUUAUAUUGAUCUGCCAAGGAACUGUGUCUGGGCAUACAGUCUGGCUGGGAGCAGGGAGCCAAGUGCUGGAGGAACUCAUCAGGCCUGGCGGCAUCCCUGGAGGGAAAAGGACCCUCUCGACUGAAACGUCAACUGUCCAUUCCCCCUCCUCUGCCCACGGUUGGUGCCUGGCCCACUGAAUUCCUCCAGAUGUCAGCAUCUGCAGCCUCUGUUAUUGCCAGGGUGACUGCAUCCGGCCUGCUUUCAGAGGUGUCUGGGAGAGAGAACGAUUUCAUCCCCCCCGGUGGGGUGGGAAACACAUCCCAGAACUCUUGUCAUCGCAGCAGAAACAACUCACCGGAAGUUUUUUUCUUUAAAUACCUAUUUAUAUUUACCAAAACGUUUGUGUGUGUGCAUAUGUGGUUAAUGUUCCUUUAAAACUGUGAAAUAACAUUUACAGGAGUUGAAAAUUGCCUUGAAAGACCCUGUGCCCCCUCCUCCCUGCCAAUAUCAUGUAAACUGUUCAAGCCAUCCUCUUUCAUUCCUGUGUGACCUCUCUUACUGUGGCCAAUGUUUACAACGUGAUGUAUUAAUAAAUUAACUAAUAUGCUUCAAAUGCUGCA